ACUUUUUGAAGCAUGCUAUACUUAGGAAGAGGCAAAAGCAGCUGUCCAAAUGUUGUCAUUUUCAGUUUGAGCAGUUUUAAGCAUGUUACCAGCAGCAGCUAUUUGCAGGAGUAUUGCAGAGAUCAGCAGUUCUCCCUUCCACAGUCGGUACUUCCAAAGGGUUGUUAUGAAAACACCCCCCAGGAAGUUAAAGAUACACUUAAUGAUAUCUUUGUUUGACUGCUGUGCCUCCUUUGCCCCUGCAGAGCGGGUGACAGUGCAUGUGGUAUUGGUGAUAACUGGGCAGCCAGUUUGAGCAAAGGUGAGGUGUGGGGUUGGCCCUGUGGACUCCAGCACAGCCACACACCUAUUCCACAAGGACUCUGCCUACAGAAGAGCCGUGGAGGCAGAAGUAAGGCAUUAGUGCAAGCAGCAGCUGUAGCAAAGUAGGUGUCGGAAGAGGACUGACUUCCAUGAUGCUGAGAGGAGUUGCUCACGGUGCAAAAGAAACAUUCACUCUUCUGUUGACAAGAUAUCUGAGCUCUAACACGGGACUAAAGUUUUCAUCAGCAUGGCCUGAUGUAGCAAACAGAACCUUCCUAAUACAUUCCAAUUACACAACUGAUACCAAGUCAAGAGAGGAAAAUAAAAAAACCCUCGAGAAUCUCUACAGUUUGUCAGUUGACAUCACGAAGAUACGCAGACUGAAGGAAUGGGUUCUUCUCCAGGAUGUGGCCUAUGUUAAAGAAAUUGCUGGUAUCUUACAGGAAAUGGGAGCAGAUGAGAGCACUGUAGCCAGCAUUAUAGAACGCUGCCCCGAGGCAAUUCUCCACACCCCAGCAGAGAUAAACUCUCAAAGAGCUUUAUGGCAAUUAGUAUGCCAGAAUGAAAAACAGCUAAUUAAAUUAAUAGAGCAAUUUCCAGAGUCUUUUUUUACUACUGAGUAUCAGCAGAACCAGAAGGCAAACAUACUGUUUUUUCAAGAGCUGGGACUUAAAAAUAAUAUAAUCACCAGGUUCUUGACAAGUGCACCCAAUAUUUUCUACAACCCUGUUAAGAAAAACAAAAACAUGAUAGAGACAUUACAAAGAAAUUAUUUAAAUUUAGGGGGCUCUGAAGCAAAUAUGAAGAUCUGGAUACUAAAGCUAUUGAGCCAAAAUCCAUUUAUUUUAUUAAAUACUUCCACUGCAAUCCAGGAGAACUUGGAAUUUCUCCAAAAGAAUUAUUUCACUGACCAGGAAGUUCUACAGCUGCUGUCCAAACUUAAAGGCUUCAUUUUUCAACUUAAUUCUAUCACUAUGCAGAAGAGUAUGCUUUUCUCCAAAAACAUCUUCAAGUGCAGUGAUCAAGAACUAAAACAACUAGUGCUGAAAUGCCCAGCCCUUCUCUACUAUUCUGUCACAGUUCUGGAAGAAAGACUUGAAGGACUACUGAAGGAAGGAAUUUCUAUAGCACAGAUAAGAGAGACACCAAUGGUGCUGGAAUUGACAACACAAAUUGUUCAGUAUCGAAUUAAAAAGCUCUCUGCGUUAGGAUAUGAUAUAAAGAGUGGAAAUCUAGAAAGCUUGAAUGGUACUAAAAAAGAUUUUGAAGUCACUUAUGGUAAGAUACAAUCAAAGAAGGAGAGACCCAUUUUUAAUCCUGUUGCUCCUAUACACAUUGAAGAUUAAUGUGAACACUGUACUUCAAGUUAUGCAAAAGCAAAUUAAAAGGCAAGUUGAUUAUUUGAGAAGAGAUGGAGCAAAAGCAAUCUUAAUCAAGACUGUAGUCUUACACUGUACUUUGUUCAGGAGGGGGUCUUAGGUACAACUUCAUUAUACAAUCAUAGUAUUGUAAGACUUUAAAAUAUCAUCAUAGAAGUUACAGUUAUGAUAAAGGUUGCCUUUUUCUAAGAGUACCUCAGAUGUGACAUUUUCUUACCUGACAGGGCAUUAACUGCCUUGGAUUUCCAGCUCUGUCACUGCACAGUCCAGCCUGUGGUAGUGAUUUGCAAAAUUUUUAUCUGAGGAAGACAAAAGGAGGAUUAUUUUUCCAGUGGUGGUCAUCAAUCGGCUGGUUCGCUGUCUUCAGGAAAUGCCCUUGGAGUUCUUUUCCUUAUUGCUGAAGUAGCUCUAGCUCCUGGAUCCUGACCUGCAACAGACUCAAUUUCUUGGACAGCAAAGCCCUGUCCUGAGAACAGGGGCUGGACAUAAUAUCUUUUUAUUAACUGAGACCCUAGUAUCUUUGUGUACAAACCAUAAUGCAAAGAAACUACAAGAUGAUAACAUUUAUAUUUCUGAGACUUCAAAAUUUACUUAUUUUUUCAAAUGGUG